CUGAAAGCAACACCGUCGUUUCUGUCCGCUUCCACCACAGCGGCUGUAGCUGUGGGCCCCCAGGACGCCGCUUCGCCUCCAGCGUGACGGAUGUGGCGAGAGGUCGAAAGAGGAAGCUGAGCUCGCUGAGCCGCUGAAGUCUGACAGUGAAGAAGAAUGAAGCAGCUGGACCGCUGAAGGCAUGAUGGGAAGCUCCAGUCUGCUGGCUGCGGUCCUGACCGUCCUGUCCGUGGCGUCUCUCAGUCUGUUGUCUCUGCUCUGUCUGCGAUGCAAAAGGAAAUCCAAGAUUAUUCAUGAAGAGCAUCAGAUCUACAACCCACAGACCUUCCAACGAGCAGGAAGUGUGUUUGCUGUGACCCAAUCAAAAACAGUCACCAGAACCAAUCAGAUAACAUCAACCACAGUUGAAACGGAAAGUGAGGAUUUUUCAGCAGCUGAUGAACAGUCAGACUAUCAGAACAUCUCAACAGCUCCAACAGGAAGUCCAGAACAUACGUAUGUAGCUCCGCUGCAGAUCUCAGUGUACGAGAAUGAAGAGACUAAAAGAAGGACACCAGAUGCCGAUCAGACUCCGGGCGUCUAUGCGAACCUCUCGUCGCCGCCGGUGAACGAUGACGAGGACGACUACGAGAACUCUCAGUUCCUGGACCAGGUGAUGCACGAGCCAGACGAAGAUGAGCCAGAUUACGUGAAUGAAAACGGGGUCUGCACCUGACGAGGAGGGGAACGUCCAGCUCACCUGUUUUUCGUCCUGAUGUGUGUGAUGUGUCGCUGUGUGAAUAAAAUACUCUGAAGAGCUUGGUUGUGAUGGAAGCUGAAGCUGCAACCUGCUGGUCAAACAGUCAAUGCAGAAUAUAUUAAAACUUUAAAGAGACGAAACAUUCAGAGAUUCCAGUGAGAGACGAGAGCUUCACCUGCCGACUCGUCCUCUUCUUCAUGAGAUGAAGACUGUCUGACUGCAGCGGAGCCACAAAUACGCUCCAGGUGAAUGUAGGAGAAGCAUCUUCAGGUGUGUGUGCUCUGAGUUAAAGCUCUGUGUUCACAGUCAGGUUGUACAAUAAAGCUUUAAAUUAAAUGAGAGUGUGAAAUGUGUCGUCCACGGCGAUGAAGCUCAGAGCAUCAUCAUCAUCAUCUGACUGAAAAAAGCCUCUGACCACUUCCUGCUGAGC